CUUUUAGAUGAAUACUGAAAAAAAGAAGAACAAAAAUUUUCACUCUUAUCAGUGUAGUCGAAUGACGUUAGUGGCAAUGUCAUUCACUUUGUAAAAUCCUCGUAUUGAUUGAAGUUCUUUCUUCAGAGUUCACUAACGGUGUGUCAACAUGCCACCCAAAAAGGACGCCAAAGGCGGUGCUAAACAACCGCAGAAAACCCAAAAGAAGAAAGAGGGUUCAGGUGGUGGAAAGGCUAAAAAGAAGAAGUGGUCUAAAGGAAAAGUUCGUGAUAAGUUGAACAAUCAAGUUCUUUUUGAUAAGGCAACUUAUGAUAAACUCUAUAAAGAGGUUCCAUCUUACAAACUGAUCACUCCAUCUGUAGUAUCGGAAAGACUUAAGAUAAGGGGUUCUUUGGCCAGGAGAGCACUCAUUGAACUUCAACAGAAGGGCUUGAUUAAGCAAGUCAUCCAACACAGAGCGCAACUCAUUUAUACGCGUACCACAAAGGGCGAUGAAGCCGCAUAAAAAAGUUAUUAAUAAAAUUGUUUAAUACA